AUGCAAGCAUACACUCAUACUCUGUCCGAUGAGGAGAUUCAAAACAAAACCAUGUAUGUUAAGAUGAAGCAAUACAAAGAUGCGAUAAAGCAAGAUAUAUUUUCCACUCUUAUAAACAAGCCCAUGAGAAAUGAAAUAAUCAUUGAGAAAUUGAAAAAAGAAAAUGAUAGAAUCCAUGACCCUGAAGCAAAGGAGGACAUUAAAUAUGGGAUUAGAGUCUUGUUGUUACUUUCCGACUUUUCGGAGGAGACGGAAUCUCUCGAAUAUGCAACACAAGCACACAACAAGUCUUCUAUCAUUUCCAGCUCCAAGUACAAACAAGCCUCAGCUUGCCGAAUUCUCGUACACAAAGCUUUUGAAAAUAAUAGUAAUGCUGAACUUGCGCAAGAAGCUUUGGAGAUGCGAUCAAACUCCAAAAAUUUUCAAUCCAGCUUAAAAGACUGCGCAAAUGCUUUCUUUUUAAUGUAUCUAACAACUGCAAAUUACUACGAAGAAUCCUCGAAUUACUGUAUGAAAGCUUCUUUGUUUGAUCAACAAUUCGAAUCUAGGUGGUGUUUAAUUCAAGAACGGAAAUUGGAAACAUGUUCUUUGGAAGAAAUGAAGUUAUAA